AGGGAGCCAAUGUAAUGUUGACAGAACUGGGCUAAUAUGGUCAUACUUUCUGGUUCUAGUAAGAACUCUAGCUGCCGCAUUUUGGACCAAAAGUCACAAUUUUGAUAUACAUCAUUUUGAUAUAUAUUAAGUAAUAAUUGUUUCUUUUUUAUCAUAAUUAUGAUAUAUGCCUAAGUUAGGAUAUAAAAAGUCAAAAUCAUAACAUAAAAAGUUGAAAUUGACAUAUUAAGUCAUAAUUUGAUUUUGACAUAACGAGUAAAGAAUUAUGACAUAAGUCAUAAUUAUGAGAUUAAAGUCGAACUUAUUACAUAAAAAGUCAUAAUUAUGACAUACUUAGUCAUAAUUGUGGCCCUUUGGAUAAGAUGUGUCAUUAAUCAGCUCAGUUCUUCUCCAAUCCUGUCAGUGCAGUUAAAUCAAUAAUAUUACUGAAACCUCAACUAAGCAAACCAAUGGCGAGCCCAAUGUUUAUUAGCAAACUAUGUCUGUUUGUUCUAUUAGCCUCUUUGAGAAAUCAAUGUCAAACUUGGCUCUGUCAGCCUAUGAAUGAACUUUGGAGUAAGAAAACACAUGAGAUUGUUUUACUAUAAAUGUGCUGAAAACUGAGAGGAAAACAGUUCUGAAGCCAUCAUGGCCGACAAUAAGCUCCAGCUUCUGAUGCUUUUGAUCGUCGCUGUGUCCGACGCUCAGGAUGAAGGAGUGCCAUGCUCGAUGGCCAAAAGAUACAAGCCUUUCAACAAGUAUGAAUACUUCUAUGAGACGGAGUCCUUGAAUGCUUUGAACGGGGCAGUCAACGGCCCCAAGGCCAGCUGCAAGGUUGAGAUCGCGGUUCCUGAUACAUGCAGCUACAUUGUGCGCACUGCCGACUGCACGCUGAGUGAAGUGAUAGACGUCGAUGCGGAUGGAAACCCAGUGUUUGGAGCAGCUGCUGGUGCGGAGGACUUCAAAACCGCCAUGGAGAGACAUCCUCUGAAGUUCACCGUUGAGGGAGACGAUGACAUCAAGCUUUUCCCUGAGGAGGAUGAGCGGAUAAACAUCCUCAACAUCAAGAGGGGAAUCAUCUCUGCUCUUGCUGUCCCGGUGCUUGAGGAGGACAAGAACAAAGACAUGCCCACCAUCUACGGUCUGUGUAAGACUGACUAUGUCGUGAACACCAGAGAGGACGUCGCCACCGAAGUCACUCUUACAAGAGACUUGUCUGCUUGUGACAAGUUCAGGCCAGUCGAUGACCACACCAGUCCCCUCGCCCUCAUCACCGGCAUGAAAUAUCCUCUUGCUCAGCUGAUCAAAAGCAAACAGACCUGCAACUACAAGUUUAAUAAUGAGCAGCACCACAUGACCUCUGGAACUUGCACCGAAAAACAUGUUCUUGCGCUCUUUUCACACAAGAGAGAAUAUGGAGUGAUCAAUACUGGCAAACAGGCUUUGACACUUCUGGGAGUUUCUAAGUACAAUGACCAAAUCUUUGAACACAAUGUGGCCAACAUGAAACCCCUCCAUCCAGACAGCAGUGUUGACAUGAGCCCCAUCCAGGAUAAAGAAUCCGCUCUUGUUGUUCUGAGGGAAAUUGCUGACCUCUCCAAGACCAAUGAUGGACGUAAGAGAGCCCACUUGGCCCACAAGCUCAUAGCUGUGAUCCGCAAGAUGGAAUCUGAAACCUUGACAGCCGUUGUUCCCGAGGCAUUGGAAAUCUCUCAGUCUUUGACGUACCAGGCUUUGCUACAGUGCGGUACACCAGAAUGCGUCAGUGCUAUCAUGCAGUUAUUCAGGACCUUUGACACAUCCUCAGUUGAGAUUGACGCUGCUGUAUAUGCCAUGGGAAUGAUACCCAGGUCCUCCCGCGUACUUGUAAAGGAAAUGUUGGCGAUGGCAAAGUUCAAGCCAAGCAAACCCAUCUACUACGCUCUCAGCAAUGCUGUGAGGAGGCUCUUUGAGAUGGAUGGAGUCACCAGUGAGAUCCAGGCAGUGGCUGAUUACACCCUUGAACAGAUCGGUGAUUGCACGGGUGACCAGGAACACGUCUUUCUUUCUCUGAGGGUCAUUGGCAAUAUGGUGGCUGCACUGGGAGCUGCGCGCCCUGCUUUGCAGUCUUCUGUUAUUCAAUGCAUCAAGCAGCCGGCUGCCUCCCCUGCAGUCCAACAGGCCGCUGUCCAGGUCUACAGACAGAUUCCUGUACCUGAAGAGGGCCGAGAGGUGCUCUUGCAUGCUGUUCUGGAUAGAACUGCAUCCAUACAGAAGCGUGUAGCCGCAUAUCUCAUCUUGAUGAAGAACCCCACGCAUGCUGAACUCGAUCAACUAGCAGCGGCUCUCCAUGUUGAGGAAAAUCCUCAGGUCAAGAGCUUCAUCAUCUCUCACAUCAGCAACAUCUUGACCUCGACAGCACCAGAGACCCUGGACUUGAGACAGAAGAUUCAAGAGGCCUUUCAAGGCAAUGAAAUUGAAAUGCUCACUGAAUCCACCAAAUUCUCUCGGUACUACAGACUUGGAUCUUUAGAGGGAAAUAUGAUUUUUGAAUCUCCAAAUGAACUUCCAAGGGAGGUCAUGGUGGAGAUGACCUUGAAUGCUUUUGGGUUUGAUAUGGACUUGAUUGAGAUUGGCAUGGAGGGAAAGGGCUUUGACCCCAUUGUGGAGGCCAUCUUUGGUGAAGAUGGAUUCUUCCCAGAUACAAUCAUGAAGACCACUUUAUACGCUACUGACAAGAUGCCCGCCCAACUCAAUGAGGUCUUGGACAACAUGCUGCCGAUCAUGAGAAAUGAUAGGAAGAAAAGACAGGCUUCUCAAAACAUAUUCAAUGAAAUCAGUCAUAAUGUCAACAAGCUUAUGGAGGAUUUAAAGGCCCAGGAUGCUCCUGAAGCGAUGGUGUAUCUCAAGCUCCUGGGUGCUGACCUUGGGUAUCUCGAUACAAAAGAUGGCAAGAUGAUUCAGAAUCUCCUUAAGAUGAUCCCCACUGAUUUCCUCAAAAGACUGCUCUCAAGUGUCGACAACGAGCUUUUCCUUCACUACAUCUUCAUGGAUAAUGAGUUUUAUCUGCCCACCAGCGCUGGCUUUCCACUGAGAGUUGCUCUGUCUGGUACAUUUACUCCUGGAGUCAAAGGAGGAUUGAGCUUUAAUCCAGGCAUGAGGGAAUUUGCUUUGACGCUGUCUGCUGGCAUUGGGUUUGUGACUGAGAUUGGGACUCACUUCCCCGACUAUGUUCAUUGUGGUCUGGAGAUGCACACGAACAUCUAUCAUGAGAGCGGCGUCAGAGCAAAGCUCUCUGUGACUGACGGCCAGCUCAAGCUCUCCAUUCCAGCUCCUCGUGGGCCAACUGAGCUCAUCAGCGUCAUCAAUUCUCUGGUGUCUGUUGUUGGUGCCAAGACUAAGUCCAUUCCUGUCAAGGGCGAGUAUAUUAACAUGAAUAAAUGCACUGCUCUUUUCCUUGGACUGAAGUACUGUGCAGCCCUGAAGUAUCCUGAUGCAAGGUCAAACGAUGCUGCCCCUUACUUUCCUCUCUCUGGUGACAGCAAAUUUUCUGUUGAGCUCCAUCCAUCUGAAGAUGUCACAGUGUAUAUCGCCACCAUCAGCUACGCCUAUGAGGACGAGGCAGACAAAGUCACGUUUAGCGUGAAGGCUGAAGGAACAUCCUUUGAGGCCAGAAAUGUAGUGAUAUUAAACAGACAGCAGUACAGUUUCUCUGCAGAGUUGCUUAUCGAUUCUCUUCAGCUUGAUUCUAAAGUUUCUGCAAAACUGAAGCAUGCUGAGAAGCUGACUUUGGAAAUUGAGAGUGACCUAAAACUCCCAGAGACGACUUCUGUUCAAACACUCAUCCUGAAAUAUGAGAAUCAGAAGAUUGAGGCUGAAUUUAAAUCUGAUGUCAGGUCUGAGAUUCAAAGAAUCAUUCCCAACAUCAGUGCCAUUGAAACAUUUGUCAGGAGCCUUCUUGAUCACCAGAUUGGCCUGAAUGAGAUGAAGGUCCGUGAUGUUCUGGCAAAGACAGCUGUGGAUUUGGGAGUUCAUGCCGUGCCUGUGAUCACUCUUCCAGAAAGACUCUUCUUGAAUGUAGAGGCUGCUGCUAAAUAUCACUUUGGCCAGGAUACCAUCUAUACCAUCACUCUUCCCUUGCCCUUGGGUGGAAAAUCCUCUAGAGAUCUGAACUUUCCCACAACCCUCUCAACACCAAACCUGAUUGUACCUCAUCUUGGUCUGGAAUUUGAAUCCACUAGCAUUAAUCUUCCAGAGUUCUCCAUUCCCUGGGGUGUGUUGCUGUCUGUGCCGACUCUCGAAUUGGUAGAGAUGUCUGGAAAACUAAACAGCAACUUCUACAACUUAGAAGCAGCUGUGUCUGCUGCCAGAGAUCCUGCUGCGAGCUAUUCUGCCAUGUUUGAAGUCACUGGCACAAGUCCUCUUGAACUCCUCUCCCUAAAGGUCGAAGGAUCUGCUCUAGUUGAGGCCACACCUGGCGAAUCUCUCAAGGCUAACGUAAAGACUGCGCUUCACCACAACAUCAUCAGUGCCACCAUAAGCAUUAAGGAGGAAGUGGAGUUUGCUGAAAAACUCAGUGUAAAAUCCAAAAGCAAGUUUGAAGUAACUAGCCGUGUUGGAGUGCAAGUUUUGCUGGAACACACUGGACAGUUUGGAGUUGAUGCUGAGGAGAUCUCUGGAGAUGGAAACCUUGAAGGAUCCUUCAAGGCUGGUUCAGUCAAUGGUUCAUGCAACCUCUUCCAGUCAGCCUCAGUCCUCCCAUUCAGACCAGAGGCAACGAUUAAAUCUUCAUUGAAAGUAGAUUCAACACUUCUUCAAGCUCAGAACUCCUUUGCUGUAGCCUUUGCCAAUGGAGAAGUGAUAAUUCAUUCCAACAACACGGCAUUUGACAACCUUCUAACAUUGCAAAACAUUGCUAAAAUCGCCUUCAAGGAAUCAGACCUUGUUCUAAAUUCUCAUACAGAAGCACGGGCUCUUGGCCUGAAGAUCCAAAAUGUAGCUGAGACCAGAGCUGGUGUUGGAGCAGUCAGCAUUAAGAUUGAGACCUCCACUCACAGCUCUGAAGAGCAAAUCCAUUCCCUUUUCAGAGGAGCACUGGACAUCGAUGGUCUAGCUAUUCACAAUGAUGCCUCCGUUAAACUCAUGGGACACAAAGCUCUCCACAAAGCCAUUCUGAAGCUCAAUAAAGAUGGCCUGACCACCAAUGGCACAACCUUACUGCAGAGCCUCUUGAGUCUGGAGGAGCUUCAGCACACCUUUGAGAUCACCUACAAAAAUGAAACUGCCACUGCUCAGAGCAAAACCAUUGGAAAUCUCAUGGGAAGUCUCAUUAACCACAACACUGAACUGGAGAUUGCUGGACUUUCUGGCACAAUCAAAAAUCAUAUACGUGUCAAAUCCAUAUUAUUUGAUUUUGAAACCAACACUCAUGGUACAACUAUUCCAUUCAGAGUCAAUUUUGAUGCCACUGUUAAUGGUAAAUGUAAAACACAUAUGUAUGGAUACGAAAAUCAUGAGGUUAUCGCAAAAGUCCUUCUGAAAGCAGAACCACAAUCCAUUGCUCACUCUCAUGAAUGCAAGAUCUCAUCCCUCCUAGACUAUGGUGUCUUCAUUAAAUCACAAUUUGAAAGCAUGUCUGACACUCUGCUGAUCCCCUCUGAACAAAAGACUAAAGUGACAGUUAAGGCUAAAGUGAAUGACUAUGCCAUUGAACAGGAAAUCAGUGCUUACAAUACUCCAGUGCGGCUUGGGCUGGAAGGGUCUGGAAAGGUGCACACCAAUCUGUUCAACACUGUCAAUACUGAUUAUCAGGACUUUGCAGUCUCUGGCUUCCUAAAGUAUGAUAAAAGCACUGAUAUACAAUCAGUUAGCUUGCCAUUCAUUCAAAGUUUUUCUCUAGUCCCUGACAACAUUAGAUUAUUACUUGUGAGCAUGGGCGAGACCCUGAGGAAUUACAUCAACCGAGAGGGGAUUGCUUCAAAAAUUCAGAGCUUACCUCAGCAUGUUAGUGACUUUGUGUCUAAUUUGAACAUUGAGAGAAGAGUUGUGCAGCUGAAACAUGGCUUGAAAGCUCUGUACCAAGAUUAUGCAUUAAAGCUGAAAGGUCUGAUCGGUGCAUUUGAGAAACUAGUGAGUGAUGUGGGCAACCGUUUCAGUGAGGCAUUGGGUAAUUUGGAGGAAUUGGUUUUGAUGGGUAUGCAGAUUGACAAAGCUGUUGAAAUGCUACCAAAGCACAUCAAGGUUUUGAUAUUUUCCAUCAUUGAGGAUGUGAAAAAUACUCUUAGCUCGAUUAACACCCAAAGUUACACAAAGCUGAAUGAGAUCUUACAUCCUGCCAGUGCUGAGCACAAGCUUGACAGUCAGAUUCCUGCAAUUUCGACAUCUCUUCUAGUGCCAUGUUUUGGAAAACUCUAUGGUCAAGUCAGAAUCAGCAGCCCUGUCUACAACAUCAGAACCUCUGCAGAGUUCAAGAAUGCCUCGGAGAAAUACCCUUUGUUCACAGCUUUUAUUAAGACUAAAGGAACCUCUGCAAACCUUGAGGUUCUGAAUUACAAUCUAGAAUCCACAGCGCAGAUAUCGAUCCCUGAGAAGAGUCCUGUAAUGGUGUCUGAAACUUUCAAGUUAACACACAUUGAAUUGGCUUUAGAUCAACAGGCAUUGUUGACUAUGAAUGGAUCUGCCUCUAACGAUACUUUCUUUCUUGAAACUUCAUACAAGUGCCGGGUGAACAUCCCCUCACACUCACUGUCUGGUUAAGUCAGUCUGAUUCAGAAGGCAGUAUCUUGCCAGGAUGAUGCUACAAUCACACUGACAGUUAAAAAUGAAGGAACCGGCAAAUUUGCUCUUCAAGACUUCUCUGUGGAAGGCACCCAUGAGAGUGACCUGCAUGUUAACAUGGGC